UAAAUUAAUUUUAUAUGCCUGUGAUAUAAUGAAAGAAGAAGGAGAAUUGCAUUAUAUGAUAUUUGUUGUAUUGUAGAUAUGAAGUACUAUUAGGUGUAGACAUGUUGAACUUCUGACGAUGCUAAGACAUACAGGUGGCUUGAUACCUGCAAAGCUGAAAUUCAUGUAUCAGGGUCAAUGAUUUACCGAAAGGUUUUUUAAGGGAUUGAAUUUUUAUGUAGCAACAGUUGUCCAGAAAUCAAAUCACUUAUACCUACACCAUUAGUGAUCCAGUGAUUGCCUCAGCCAACAGAGGAAGAUGAUACAAAUAAGAUUAUAAGGCAGAGUCAAUUCAGUAGAAAUACCAGGAAGACAGAAUAAUGAAAAUAGACUUGUUACUACAGCAGCAUAAAGUUGACAAAAGUUCAUGACCUGCAGAUAAGCAAUGGAAUGGUUACCUCCUUAAAAGAAAGUCCAUUUUGAAAUUUUAUUGUUUACCACUUCUGUCAGUUGAAAAUUUAACUCUAUUUUACUCGAAUUUUGUAAUAAUAUAAUCAAGAAUCAUGCUACGGAACAAAGCUCUAAGAAAACAAUCAAGAAAGGUGCGCUUGUAUAUGCUUUUUGGAUCACUGUGUACUGCAUUUUUUAUAUUCUUAUUUGCUAAUUAUAGACAAGGGAAUGUUGGAUAUAUCGCAGAAGAUACACACUUUGCUUCAAGGAGACUUUUAAAUACAUCAGACUCAGAUGAUAGUCUUUAUCCUCCAGAUGCAUUUACAGAUGAACAAUUAAAGAAUGGUGCCGUGGUCUUACAUGUGAUUGGACUGAUAUAUAUGUUUAUAGCGUUGGCAAUUGUAUGUGAUGAGUUCUUUGUCCCAUCUCUUGGAGUUAUAAUAGAGAGAUUUAAAAUAACCGAGGAUGUAGCUGGGGCAACUUUUAUGGCUGCUGGCGGUAGUGCUCCAGAACUUUUUACAAGUCUUUUUGGAAUCUUUUUUGCCAAGAAUAACGUGGGUAUUGGAACAAUUGUUGGAUCUGCUGUGUUCAAUAUUUUAUUUGUGAUUGGUAUGUGUGCUAUAUUUAGUAAAACAGUUUUGAAUCUGACAUGGUGGCCAUUAUUCCGAGAUGUGACGUUUUACAGUAUAGACUUAAUAUUACUAAUUGGUUUUUUUUACGAUGAGAUCAUACAUUGGUACGAAGCGUUGAUAUUAUUUUUUGGAUAUGUUGCUUAUGUUCUUUUCAUGAAGUUUAAUGGACAAAUUGAAGACAGAGUAAAAAGCUGCUUGAAGAAACGAUGCAACAAAGUGGAAACACAAGAGAGACCAGAGCGAAGUUUAAGUAUGCCAAUUUUACAUGCAGGAGGGAACAGAUUUAGGCAUGGAAUAUUAGACCUGAUCAUUCAUUCAAAUCACCACAACUUACAUGAAGAAUCAAAAAUAAAUUCUACUGAUAGAAGUUCAAUAACACACCCUAGCUGUAACCAUAGUGGAUUGAGUCCAAAUACUUUAAAUUUGAUAGGAAAUCAUUACAAUAGAAGAUUCAGUAUUGCUGUUUUUGGGCCUCAUCUGGCCUCUUUAUCUGCUCACAGAAGUAAGUCACGGUUAAACUACAAUAUCAAUAUGGGCAACUGUAUUCAUACACUUGGCCUGAAUAAUCGGCCUUAAACUUUUAACAGUCAGAGAUUGUAUACUGAACAACAAAAAGUAAAACAACAAAAAUGCCGAACUCCAAAGAACAUUCAAAACGGAAAGUCUCUUAUCAAAUGGCAAAAUAAAAAGCUCAAACACAUCAAACGAAUGGAAAACAACUGUCAUAUUCCUGACUUGAUACAAAAGAAAUGCACCACCACUGUUUUAAAUUCUUUGUAGUAAAACAUUAAACAGAUAAAUAAGAAGAUUGAUUAGAAAGUUUGUCCUGAAUAAAAGUAGAUGUGGGAUAUCCAUCAAUAAGUCUGCAACCAAAUGAAAAAAAAAAUAUAACAUCUAGAACUCACAAAGUGUUGAUAUGUAAAGCUCUAAAUCAUCCUAACAACAAAGGUUUAAUUAUAUCGUAUAUCAGUAAGUCUAUAAUGUCAAGUAGAAAGAUUUGAAAGACAAAUUCUAAACUUAUUUGCUUUGUUUCCAAUAUUAUCAUUAAAAAAAACCUGUGUGAAAUACUAUUUUUCUACAAGUUGUGCAAGUUGAAUCAUAAUACAAAAUAUACCUGCUAUAUCUGGAAUAAAAUUUUGUGUGACCAUUUUUAUGUUCUAUGUUUUCUAGCA